UUGUAGGCGCCAAUCAAUCCACGAGCAUCCAUAGCAUAAUCCAUCAGCAGUCCGAAUAUAAGGGAGACAUGGGGAGACCUGCGGCGUAAAGCCAAGCAGCUUAUGGGCAUCGGAUGCUUUCGGUUGUAGUGGUCGCUGGUUUGCGGCUUACGUUUUGCGCUCAGUAGAGUAGCCCUCACUGCAGUGACGUGUAUCUUAUCGGUGCGUGUUUCUCAAAAAUUUUUACUGGCGAAGUUAACAGAGGCGCUCUGCUCAUGACCUGACGGGAGCGGUCGACGGCGGUGCCACGGGCAGUGCUUAUACGCGGCUUCAAAAUGCAGCCAGAUCCUCAGCGAACCCAGAGGCUACUGUCUGGGACUUCCUCAAGCGACUAUGCUCGAGACGGGGAAUUGCUGCGCCCUAUACCGGAGUUGACUGUGGGACCGAGCAUACGCGCGCGAACGCACUAUGACUACCCGCAGAUAGCUCCUUCGCCUCGGGGAGAUGGAGACCGGCCAACUCCUCCGAAGGAACCAGAGCCCGUCCAGCCGCACUCCGAAGUGGCCUUGCGAUUAGGGAGCAUUCUUCUUGACAACUUGGUGGCGCAGCCAUGCAUAGUGCUGAGAAGACAAUGCCAGGUGCAUAGGACUGCCAGCAAGUACCAUUUGACACCAUGGACGCUGUUUCCUAUCAUUGCGAGGUUGCAGCAGAGACAGGGCCUGAUCACCCUCUGGAAAGGUGCACCAAGCAUGUUUAUUGUACGUGGCAUCGUUGUGGUGGUGGAGACUGUCCUCGCUGAAACAACGUCACUUCCUCGUGAGCUCACAUCGCACAGCUCUCUUCGUCAGCUUUGGCAGCAUCUACUUCUCAAAAGUGUGGCCGUGGCUGUGGCAACGCCCUUCAGCUGUGCUAGUCUGGUGGAGGUGGUUCAGUGCGAGGCGGCCAGCGAACGACCAGGCUUGUUCGACUGCUUGCGUGAGGGUCUGAUGCGCUUGCUGCCACGAGGAGGACCCAAGCGUGGUCGAAUGCUGCCCCUGUGGCGCCUCCUGGGGGCAUCGGUGGCACAUGGCCUCGCCCACUACCUCCUCACUACUAUGGUGCGAUGGGCUGCGCUGCAGCUGCUGCGCAUGCACCGGCACAGGCAGCACCAACAGGUUCUGCUGCUGCGGCAGCAGGCUGGCAUUGUGCACGGCCCCAUGGGUGAUGCUCUGGAACUACCGUCAGAAGGUGCCUCAUUUCUCCAAGAAAUGGUAGCAUCACUCAUUGGUUCACUUGUGGCAGAUGUGCUGCUCUUCCCUUUUGAAACUGUUCUCCACAGGCUCUACUUACAGGGAACUCGAACAAUUGUUGACAACCUGGACACGGGUUGUUCAGUGACGGCCAUUAUCUCCCAGUAUCAAGGGCCUGUGGACUGCUUCCGGUGCAUAGUAGCCGAGGAAGGUGCGGCAGGCCUCUACAAAGGGUUCGGGGCUCUGCAGCUGCAAUACAUGCUCCAGGGAGCCCUGCUCAAGCUGACACAAAUGCUGUGCCAGGAGUUCUGCCCACACGUCCUCUAAUGUCAUCAUGUGGCUUUUCCUGCACAGCCAUCUUUGUUUUCAAGCACUUGUGGCUAGAUGGAGCGGCAUUGCCCUUGACAGCUAAAUUCAUCCGUGCCAGUGUACCACCUUGCUUUCCUUGCCUAGACAGGCAUGCACAAGUAAUAUGGGAGUCGUGCCGUUGUGCACAAAACUAGCACCGCUUCGAAAUUACAUGACAACAAGCGCAUCAGCCUGGAUUUACCCUCCCAUGCACAGAUUGCUAGAAAAAUUUUCACUUUUCAGCUUAUACAAUUGGGCUAACAGAUGUAUAGCUGCAUCUUGAAAAUGAAGUGUAAUAGAGUUUUAAAAAAAAAGCUGUUCUGCAAUGGACAAAUAGUAUGCAUGUAAAACGGAGCUUUACGAACACAACUGCACGGUACCAACAGCUAGGAAGUGGUGAAGUCUGGGCAUUACUUUCGAUGAAUUUUAUUAUUAACUCAGCUGAAGGUGAUUUUUUUCCCUUGAAAUGGUACCACUGCCUUCUGGGCUUGUCUCUUGGCUGCCCAUGAAGGAUGCAGGUCUGGUGACACACAUGGAAAGGAAAGCAAGGAGGGGGUUAUACAAUAAUGAACUAUGAAAACAAUAAUAAAUGCUGCUGUAGGAAACAA